AUGAACCCCCACUGUUUUAUGACAACAAAUACAAAGUAUAUGAAAGAAGCUGCAGCUGUUUUGUUCAAUGCUCAGAUUAUGCAAAUACCCAAACCGAUGUCAAGACCAGACCCUAAACAAAUAUGGAUACUUCAUGAUACAGAGCCCGAGAAACCCGACUGGAGUCACAAUGUGGCUUUUAGAAAACCAGAAUGGCGAGAUUUAUUCAACUGGACCAUGUUUUAUAGGGAGGAUUCGGAUAUUUUCGCGCCUUACGGCAUUGUGAGAAAGAAAACACCGUCUGAGUUGUUUAAUAGAGAUUUAGAUUCGCUUGUUAAAUCAAAAACUAAAAAUGUGGCUUGGAUGGUCAGUCAUUGCACCACACAGGGUAAACGAGUUGAAUAUGUUAGGCUACUUCAGAAAUAUAUCGACAUCGAUAUCUACGGUAACUGUAGUCUUUUACAGUGGCCAAGAAACCUGGACAAGGAAUUUAUGCUUAUGAUAAAUUCAACAUAUAAAUUUUAUCUAGCUUUUGAAAAUUCAUUUUGUGUGGAUUAUAUAACUGAAAAAUUCUAUCGUUACUAUAACGGUGAUUAUAUUUUAGUGGCUCGAGGUGGGGGAAAUUAUACAAAAUAUAUUCCUGCUGGAACAUUUAUAGACACUAGAGAUUUUAACAGUACUAAAGAUUUAACUGAUCAUCUACACUAUCUCAGUACAAAUCACGAGGCUUACAUGAAAAUAUUAAGAAAAAAAGAUUUGUAUAUAAGUGUAUAUGAACGUUUGGACACAGUUGAAAAUAACGACAUCGUAUUUAUCCAUUAUCAAUACGAGACACCAGCCCUAUGUGAAAUAUGCUACAGAAUCAAUAAUUUACAAAUAUAUUCGAAAACAAUAGCUAGGGUUGAUGAAUGGUUUGACGAAAAGUUGUGCUAUCCCCCGAAAGACCUGAACUGUUUUAACAAUGAAUGUUACUAA